ACCAACCAUGUUCCGUGUAGUUGUGCUGCUGUUGCUGGCUGCAGGUUCCUGUGUCGAGUGUGAAGAGUUGACCCAGCCACCGUCUGUCACUCUGCAGUCUGGUCAGAGUCUGAGCAUCAACUGUCAGGUGUCUUAUUCUGUGGAUGACUACUACACAGCAUGGGUCAGGCAUCCUGCUGGGAAAGGACUGGAGUGGAUUGGGAUGGCGUAUACUGGUGCCUCUGACUACAAGGACUCACUGAAGAACCAGUUCAGUAUUGAUGUGGACCCCUCCAGCGACACAGUGACUCUAAAGGGACAGAAUAUGCAGCCUGGAGACACGGCUGUGUAUUACUGUGCCAGAGAACGCAGGCUAAUUGGGAACAGCUACAUAGACUUCUGGGGUAAAGGAACGCAAGUCACAGUUACAUCUGGCACACCAGUCCCACCCAAUGUCUUUCCUCUGAUGCAAUGUGGCUCCGGAGCAGGAGGCAUGGUCACUCUCGGCUGUCUGGCCACCGGCUUCAAACCCCUUCCACUGACGUUUGCGUGGAGCAAAGACGGGGCUGAUUUGUCUGACUUCAUUCAGUAUCCAUCAGUGGAGAAGGACAACCUUUACACGGGAGUCAGUCAGAUCCGAGUGAGGCAAGCCGACUGGGACAGCAGCGCCAAAUUUCGAUGUGUCGCCAAACAUUCAACUAAAACUGUUGAUGCCGUGAUUACAAAAACAGAAGAGAGGAUGGAGAGGAUUGUGUCUCCAAACAUGACAUUGUAUCCGCUGUGGGAGGGCAACCUUACAGGAGACACCUCUGUCAAACUUAGAUGCGCCUUAAGUGGCUUCUUCCCGGACAUGCUGAGUGUCGAGUGGCUGCAGGGCAACCAAAUCAUUGACGGCGUGCAAACCGUGAGCAAGUUUCAGAGUGUGACGGCCCCACAGACCUUCAGUCUAAUCAGUGAGAUUGAACCUGAUGUAAAAAAGUGGACACACGGCUUAAGGUUUACCUGCAAGUCCACUCACAACAAGGUGGAAGAGAAAAGGUCAAUCAGUAUCUGUGAAACACAGGCAAGCGUCCCACUUUCCGUUCAUGUGGAGCUCCCCAGCUUCAAAGAAGUCAUGACGGAAACAUCCCAAGUGAAAGCAACAUGUUCGGUGCGCACCGCAUUGGAUGCCGUUGUCACAUGGCUGCUAGACGGCAAAGCAGCCGGCGACCAAGCGAGCGCGUACGCUAAUGCGUCUCACGUCAUCAGUACUCUGACAGUGUUGCCUGAUGUGUGGAAACAAAUCAGGAUUCUCAAAUGUAAAGCGGCGCAUCUUUGCUUCCCGGACGUCGAGGAGACCAUACGUGUGUCAGGUGUUGCAGUCACCGCUCCACUGGUGGAAAUGAGGCGAUCUCUUGCAGAUUUACAGAAUAAAAACAGCGGCGUGUUCGAGUGUGACAUCACGCAACUAGACGCCAUCGACCUCUACGUCACAUUUCAGGCCGACGGUGUGGAUAUUUCUAACAAACAGUAUGUUGAUCUCCCUGAAGGCCUGGGCCCACAUUCCAUCCGUCCACGUUUCAGUUUGCACGAGUCCUACAGGAAGAGUGACGCAAAUUUAACCUGCAAAGUGAACCAAGGCUUCUCCGACAGCUUCCGCUCAAACCCCAUUUACAGCCUUUUUGAGGACCCAUCAGUGGAACUCUUUCUGGCCCCCGUUGAGGAAUCAAAACCUCAGAGGGUUCUGUGCUCUGGUCAGGGCUUUAACCCUCAAAUUAAAUGGUUCAGCGAGGCUAAGCAGAGAGCGCCAUCAAUUACUAGCAUCAGCAUGAGUGCGGAUGGACGUGUGACUGUGACCAGUCAACUCCACGUACCACCGACAGAGUGGCAAACUGGGAAGGUCUUCACCUGUCGAGUGUCUGACAAGUGGCUGAAAAAAAAUGUCACGAAGACCAUCAGCAUUUGCUCCGUUACCCCAAUAUCAUCCCAACAAGUUGGAGUGUUUGUUCACGGACCCCCACUCACAGAGUCUCAGCUGAGGGACAAGGUGACCAUUACUUGUCUUUUGGUUGGCCCUCGACUUCAUGAUUUUGCCAUCUCCUGGAAAGUAGAUGGGAAGAAAUACUCUCAGAAUUCCCACACGGAGGAGCCAACUCGUCACAGCAAUGGUACAGAGACCUUACGGAGCUUCCUCAGUGUGACAGCAGAUGACUGGGAUGCAUAUAAACAAGUGUCCUGUGAGGGAAAACACAAGUGUUCCAACCAGGGCCAUGAGGACUACAUCAGCAAAAGCAGAGACUUGUAUCCACCAACAGUGCACAUAAUACCACCUACCAUCUCAGAGCUGUCACUGUCUGAUGACCUCACACUGACUUGCCUAGUUUCUGGAUAUUUCCCAGAUAACAUUAUAGUGUACUGGGAGAAAGAUGGUCAAAGAUUGCUUGACUACACCAACAGCCCUUCGUGGAAAUACAGCAGCAGCAAAACUUAUUCAAUGACCAGUAGAAUUAAUGUGUCUAAAAUUGAGGACCACGAAUCCAGCUAUUCUUGCGCUGUCAGACAUGAGUCAUCUCAAAGUCCUUUUACGAGCACUGUAGAGGACGUGUUUGCCACAGUAACUCCUACCCAACCGUCAGCCAUCUUGCUCCAGGGUCGUGGUGAACUGGUGUGUUUGGUGUUUGGCUUCAGUCCCGCGUCCGUUAACGUCUCCUGGUUUCUGGAUGACACCAAAGAGCUGUCGGACUUCAACACCAGUCAACCCAGCAGAGGCCCAGACGGGAAGUUCAGCAUCCAAAGCCGCCUUCGUCUGUCUCAAGUCAACUUGUUACCUGGGGCGGUUCACACCUGCAGGGUGACACAUGUGACCGUUACACUGACCUUGAAUCUAACCAAUCCAGUGAUUUUGCCGGAUUGCAACGUCUUGGAUGACAUUGCUCAUGCAGUUGUUAACCAAGAUAUCAAUGCGGAAAGCUGGUAUAUGUCUGCCACAUUCCUUGUCCUAUUCCUCAUCUCCACCAUCUAUGGUGUGGUGGCCACCCUGCUUAAGACCAAAUAAUUCUGUCAGUGGAACAGAUGAAUGCUUCCAUGACAGUGGAUGUUUUAUUGAACUACUUUUGACAUAUAAAUAAAGAUUUCGUUCGAGUACUGUA